GCAGAACGCUGGCCUGCGUUCGCAGGAUGCCACCAUCCCUUGGGAGCUCAACAUGCUGCGCGGGGGGAUUCACAUGCCCAUGAGGCUGAGCGUUCAGGUAUUGAACACCAGGCAGCUCUACGCCGAGAUGGGCAUCGAGACCACGUGGCCGACCCAGCAGCUCUUCCUCGACCAUCCGCGGGUCGUGCGCUCGGAUGUCGCGGCGAACAGGAUGUUGUCGUUGGUGUCGGCGUUGUGCGUCGAGCACGCGAGGCGCGGCAUGCCCUUUACUCAUGGGUACCCAAGGCGCCAGGUGAUGUUGCUAUGCCCGAAGCUCCGCCCCAAGUUCUUGCGGGAGUUCAAGGGCGACCUCGCUCUGUUCGGCGAGCUGAAGGAUGCGGCCUUCCCAGGUGCCGAGCAGAUGAGGUCCAGGAGCCUCUUCAUGAAGAUGAGCGUAAAGCACUUGAAGGCCGUGCUAGACGCCGAGGAUUGGACGCCGACGCAGAGGCUCCUGGAGCAUAUCAAGGCCAAGUGCGCGCGCAUCAUCGGGAGCCAAAUCGUCGAGGAUUGCUUCAACAAGGCCAAGGGCAGAGUGGACUGCCAGAAGAACACCAUGUCCAGCGCUCCCGCCACGAUGGCCACUUGCAUCGACGCGAAGGUGAUCGAAUCGGUCCACAACUUCAAGCCCAUCGAGGUUGGCACGGGGUCGGUUGCGAGGAACAGCGCGUUCGCGCCAUCCACGUUCAAGCCGAGGUUGCAGCAGAGACACCUCGACGACCAGACGAAGGCGCUCAAGCUGCGGGAGGUGGCGGGGUUUGGAGAACCAUCAUGGUACAGCCCAGGGUCACGGGGCAUGUUUGCGCCCCACGCGGGCAUUGAGGUCUUGCGACAGUGCAAGCAGCAGCACAAGAUGGGGUCCGUCGACAAGAAGUUCUUCUGCCGCUUGGUGCACCAGGGCGUGGCCAUCCAGCACAUCUCCGAGAGGGACAGGGCCUGGCAUCUUGGCAUGGGGACGUUGGAGGGGAGCUUGGCCGUGACCUGGCCGCUGGUGCCCGACGGCGCCCGUGACGACAUUUUCAUCAUCGGCGCGAAGUCGGAGAUGAAGCUACUCGUGAUCGUUGACCCGUCCGAGUGGAGCGCAGCACCUAUUCGCCUCGACUCGCCGCUUCGCCAGGCGGUGGAGCGCGAGCUCCACCAGCUCGCGGGCGCGACGACGGGGGCCACCGAGGUCAACGCGAAGGCUUGGGAGACGUUUCUUAAG